GCCGCCAACGCACAGCUUUGGAAAACUUCGUUAGCAACGUUACACAGCUAACUGGAAAAAUCUCGCAUGUCGGGGCUAAACUAUCAGUGAUAGGCUGUCUCCGAUUCCACCGAUGGUCAGUAUGAAAUCCAGAUGAAUUCUCUUAUAAGCAAGUUCUGGAACCUGAGGGUGUUCGCAGGGUUACCAUCGGCUAUCCAGGUUGUUUAAGUGAAGAUGGCCCAAAACAAGAGCACUUCUGAGAGCCGUUUUAAUUGAGUCGGUCUGAGAAUGAGCAAGAAUCAUGCAAGGAUAGAAAUGGACCUGGCUUUUGGUUCAGCCAAGCCUUAUGGAUCAUCUCGGAGUAUUGUUAGAAGAAUUGCCACAAACCUCCCACUGGCACCCUGCCCUCGUGUCCACUUUCAGCUCCAUUCUUUCACUAUUGGAGCUGGAUCAGGUAUCCUAGGCACUCCAGGAGGACAAAGUGGGUUUGUAGCAUCAUUAGCUGAUGUAGGUUGGAUUGACCAGGAGGAAAAUGAUGUGUCUGGCAGAAAUAGGUUGGAAGCAGGUUCAGGGCUGGUGUUCCGCACUCAGCAGCGGCCGACACUCCGACGGCAGCGCUCCUUGCCCAGCAUGCACCGGGCACAGCUUGCCCCACAGAGCCAGACAGUGGUCAAUGACGAGGCCAUUCAGAAGAUCAGUGUUCUGGAGAGUGAGCUGGCCAAACUGCGAGCCCAGAUUGCUCAAAUUGUACAGGCCCAGGAGCUGAGCGCACAUGCUGGAGCUCCAGCUCCAGGUGGUCCUUCUGCACCCUCAGCACCUCCUCCUCCACCCCCACCACCUCCUCCACCACCACCACCACCAUGCCCCGGCAUGCAGAGGAGCGUCUCUGCCAUUGACCUCAUUAAACAGCGGCGCAGUAAGAAGGCUGACCAGCAGACAGUUGUGGACCCGGGGCCAAAACAGCCAGAGAUGCCCAAUAUGUUAGAUGUGCUGAAAGACAUGGGAAAAGUGAAGCUGCGCUCCGUUAAGAAUCGCCCUGAGGAAGGCCACUCUAAGCCCAGUGAACCCGCAGACCCUGCUGCUCUCAUUGCUGAGGCACUUAAGCGCAAGUUUGCACAUCGUUAUCGCAGCGACAGCGAGUGCGAAAGCAACUUCAGCCUCCCUCCUCGGGAGUCGAAACCCCACUCAGAGGCACCUAUGUUUGGACAGCACAUGUUGAAAUCGACUGGAAAGAGAAACCUCUUCUGAUGGUGAACUUGUAAGCUGCUAUACCGGAAGCCGGCAUUGCUCACCAGCAGGCCUUGUCCACUGAACUGUAGGAGUGUCUAGUGUGUAAAUAGGAACAGAUACAUAGCUGCAGGAACACUAAGCGGUCAGUCUGGUUUUCUACUUUUGGCACAACCAGCAUUGUAUGUCUGUGUAAUCAGUGGGUAUUACACCUUCAAAAAGAAGGUUAUGUCUUUGUGUACCGUUUCUUUGGUGUACAUUUCCUUAUUUAUGCCAAGUCUUUCCAAAAUUUUAAGCCUAAACCAAGAGUGGUAGAUUAAUUUUUUGUUUUUAUGAACUUUUAUUUGUGUCUUAAAAUGGAUCUGUUCAAAUUCAUGGAUACAAUCCAGGUUAAAGGCUAUUAAUGAGAAGUGCGUGGAUUGUGCUGACGGACAUGCUUCGUAUACAUAAAUACGCAAAACACUAUAGAAUCUGUUGCCUCUUGAUUUAGUUAUGCGGCAAAGAAUAAGCACUUUCCCCCUUUUUUUCAGUUCAGAGCCAUUUGUUAGCUCAUGUUUAGCCUUAAUUUAUGUUGGGAGGUUUAUUUAUGUUUGGUUUUAGAUAUUAGUCAUUAAUCUUAUAUUAGAAUGUCACUUGAAUUACGUAUCUGCUUGUUUCAAGUUGAGAAGAUUCUCACAUGCCGUUACGAAUCAGGAUAAUUCUUUUACUCACCACACUAUCUGUAAUGUCUGCUAAUACCUCAGCAACAUAAUUUGACUUGAUAAGAUUUUUGUUCCUCUUUUUCAGUACAGCUAGUGUGCACAUAUUUAAGGUGUUUAGGUUUAUUGCAUUUAUUGUCAUUAAGAUUGGCUGACAUGCUAUUGGUCAAGCAGUUCAAUUGUUGCUGACUUCUGUCGUCCCCAUCAUAUGUACCUCCAAGUUUUGUUUAGCUGAUCAGCAAACUAGGUAAACUUAUUUAUACUAUACUGGCAUUAGUUGGCAUUAACUGUUUUAACAUAACAGUGACAGAAUAAACCUCUGCACUGAACCACUUUAUGUAAAUAAAAUUAGAGGUUAUUAACUGCAGUAUAGCUCAAUGGAGGGUUAAAACUAAUUGGUACAAGCUGAAUGAUUUAUGUAACACUGCAAAACAUAGUACUGUAGAAUGUGUUUUGUACUUCAUUACAGUGACCAUUCGUUAAACUAAACUGAUAAACACAGAGGAGCAUUAAGGGAAACUAAUUUUUGGCUUAAAUGUAUGUUAAAUGUGUAUAACGAACAUUACAGUGACAGGUACAUUCCAUGUUACAUAAUGCUGUCAAACUGGAAAAAUUUAUUGUUUCCUGAAUAAACUUAAUGAAUGUUU